CAGUGUUCGAUUCAUAUAACAACUCUUCUCCCUUCUCUUUCUAUAUAAAAUUACAAAGCUUUUUUAGUCAAAAUUUUUGUUCAUCUCAUGACAUAACCAUUUGUUUUUAUCUCUUGCAGUUUCAUGUUUCAUGUUCAUGUUCAUCUUUCUCUGAUCGAACUUUUGGUGUGGCAAUUGGCGCAGACAACGGUGCUACAUAACAAUAUGCUUAUGGGGGGAAGAGUACAUUCACGAGAUCGAUUUAGCAACUGGAGGCUUGAUAUCGACGACAUGUCCUACGAGCAAUUACUGGAGCUUGGAGAUAAAAUUGGUUAUGUGAACACCGGAUUGAAAGAAGAUGAGAUUAGCAGAUGCAUAAGGAAAACCAAGGGCUCAAUGAAGAAAGAUAUAGCAACAAACGUGCCCGUGCACGUGGAUAACAAGUGCAGCAUUUGUCAGGAGGAAUACGAAGCAGAUGAAGAGAUGGGGAAGCUUUGCUGUGGACACAGUUUUCACAUCCCAUGCAUAAAGCAAUGGCUGCUGCAGAAGAAUGCUUGCCCUGUUUGUAAAACUGAGGCAAAAACCUCGAUGCUAGCAUCCAUGGAUUCUUCAUAUUGAACCCUCUUGUUGGUGGUGUUUCAUUUACCAUUCUUCUUUAGUUUUCUGUAAAAAAUGGGGUAUUUGAUUAUUGUUUGAAUGGAAUGGAUGGAAAAACUUGUUGCAACUUUGCCUGAAAUCAAAUAUGAUGAUGGUGAUUGUGUUGCCUGAUGUAUAAAAAUAUUGAGGUGGCGUGAUAGGAAAAAUUAAAUUACAUAUGAAGGAAGAAAUGUAGGUCUCCCCACGCAACAGACCUGCACUUAAGUCAAUGGAUCUCUGGGUAAUUUUGGGAUCUUCCUUUAGGUAUUACUCAAAAUAUUUCAAGCUUUUAAU